ACAGGCAAAAAAAGGACCAUAUCUAUUUUUCUAAAAGGUUUAAAGACAUUGAAAUGAGCCUUAAAGCCAUUUUAUAAUUAGGUUUUCCUUGUAUUUUUGCGUGAUUUUCUUGGAGAAUUUCAUUUUUGGCGGAAAUGAAUGAUGUUAUUAGGGAGGAAGAACAAUUUUCUCAGUCAGUCGAGGUUCCAUAGUUGAAAGCAUUUUAGUGAAUUGAAUUUGAUUACUUCAGCUGUCAUAUUUCACUAAUUUUUUGUGUUCUUUUCAACUUGAGUGUUCUUAAAACUCCACUCACAUACUAAGAAUACAGGAGAGAGAUGGGAACAUGAAAUUUCUGUUGACAAUGUAGAGCUUUGUAUUUCAGCUAAACUCAACUUUCAUCACAUUUCAAUUGCCCUAUUCAAUAUUCUUGUGAACACUGUUUCAGCUGAAAAUGGAAAGCCUUUGGAUUAUGAAUUUGCCCUCAUAUAAAGAUCAUACAAGCAGAUUGUUGUACAAAUAUGAUGAUGAACUGGUGACACACCAACCUUUUGCAACUAGAAAUUGAUCAAUUCUCUUUAGCUUAGCACUUGAAUAUUAACAAAGAUGUGCACUGAUGAAUAAAGGUGUUAAGCUGACUCAUGAUCUAACCAGGGAAUGGAUCCGCUAUCACAAUCUGAUACCUUAAUCAAUGCAAAAACCAUUCAUACAAAUUGUCACUGGUGAACUAUUUAGUGUGGAUGUUUGUAAUAAUCUAGUAGACCUCAUAACAUAUAUGGAUCUUCAGCUCUCUUAGACACAACAUCUAAUUCGAAGAGUUUGACAAUGCAGUCUAAAAGGAUUACCUGUAUGUCAUUUGCCUUCUAAACCUUGAAUGAUUAUUUUAAUUCUUGACAAUCUGCAAAAGGAUAAGAAGAAAACAGUGAUGCACUCCAUGCUGCUCUGCUGUAAACUUUAUAUAUCUGAAGCACGAAAUGCCGAAGCUCUUGAUUCCAUCGAACGUGCAGCUAAACGUGAUCCAGAAACCGUUAUCGUCAACAAAUUUGAGGAUCGUGAUUACAAUAGAGUCUGCUACACACUUGUCUCAUAUGUUGUCCAUGAUAGCACUGGCUGUCCAAUUUACAGCCCCUUGCAGCAGAGUGUAGUAGCCAUGGCUGAAGCUGCUUAUGAAGCCAUAAACCUUGAGCAGCACUUAGGGACACAUCCUCGUCUUGGCGUCAUGGAUGACAUUCUCUGCCACCCAUUAGCUCGAGCUUCACUGGAUGAGGCAGCUUGGCUGGCUCAAAAAGUUGCAGCUGAAAUUGGAAAUCGAUUUCAAGUACCGGUAUAUCUAUAUGGGGCAGCAAAUCCAACAGGAAAGGCUUUGGACACCAUAAGGCGAGAGCUGGGCUACUUUCGUCCAAAUAACGGCCACCACUGGGUUGGCUGGACACAGCCACAAGUCCUUCCAGAAAAGCCGAAUGAAGGUCCAGAAGUGGUCACCAGUGCGAGGGGCAUUAGCAUGAUAGGUGCACGGCCAUGGAUUGCCAUGUACAACAUACCAGUCAUGUCCACAGAUGUAUCAACAGCUCGACGGAUCGCACUGAUGGUCAGUGCUCGAGGAGGGGGGUUGCCUACCGUGCAAACUUUAGGCCUGGUUCACGGUGAGGACUCAACUGAGAUAGCAUGCAUGCUACUGGAGCCAAACCAGAUUGGGGCAGACCGAGUCCAAAACCAUGUUGAGAAGCUAGCAGCACAAGAAGGCCUAGAUGUAGAGCAGGGAUACUUCACUGAUAUCCCUCCACAGAUGAUUACUGAGAGAUACAGAAAAUUGAUAAAUGCUGAUUCAGAUUGAUCACUUGAGGCUCCUUCUGGUGCAUGAUUGUUGAUGACCUGACCCUCUUGAAACGUACAUUGAAGUUCUACAAAAUGUAGAUGAAUGAUCAAUGUGGUAAUUCUAUCCAAGCCAUGAUAAAAUAAGUAGUACAUGCUUCUCUGUUAGAGCUGAAUUCU